AUGACCGGAAGACUGACUGCUUUGAUUCUGCUUAGUACAGUGUACCGGAUUCAAAGUGCAGAUGAUCCUCGCCCGAUCUCUUUGACUGUGGUUGAAGUUGAUCAAAGUCAGCAGAAAUCUGUCAACGUGAAACAAACUCCAGAGACAGCAUCAGUCCAGUCAGGAGGCACAUUGACUCUCCAGUGUUCACUUCCCUCCAAGAAUAAAGGAAACACAUCUCAGUGUCCAGGUGAACACAGUGUGUACUGGUUCAGAGCUGAAUCAGAAAAAUUCUAUCCAAGCAUCAUUUACACUCCCAAGAAGAGCAGUGACGAACAAGUGGGAAAGAGCUGUGUCUAUAGUCUGUCAAAAACUAUACAGAGCUCCUCUGAUGCUGGGACUUACUACUGUGCUGUGGUCACAUGUGGAGAGAUCCUGUUUGGUGAAGGAACAAAAGUGGAGACAAACCUGAUUCAAAGUGCAGAUGAUCCUCGCCCGAUCUGUUUGACUGUGGUUGAAGUUGGUGGGAAUGUUACUUUGCAUUGUCCAGUUUCUGAGAAGGAAGGGAAAUUCUUUCACUGGUAUAAGCAGUCUCUUGGCUAUAUGGUCCAAUCAGUUGCUGCAGGAACUUUUAACCGACAAACAUUUACAGCACAAUUUAACAACUCACGUUUUACAGUCACAGAGGGGCAGGCUGAGUAUUUGCUCACCAUUAGAAAUGUCAGUAAAGAGGAUGAAGCAACAUACUUGUGUCAAAGUGGAACACCAUAUUCACAGAGCUUUGUUAAAGGCACCUUCUUGGCUGUGAAUGAUCGAAGUCAGCAGAAAUCUGUCAACGUGAAACAAACUCCAGAGACAGCAUCAGUCCAGUCAGGAGGCACAUUGACUCUCCAGUGUUCACUUCCCUCCAAGAAUAAAGGAAACACAUCUCAGUGUCCAGGUGAACACAGUGUGUACUGGUUCAGAGCUGAAUCAGAAAAAUUCUAUCCAAGCAUCAUUUACACUCCCAAGAAGAGCAGUGACGAACAAGUGGAAAAGAGCUGUGUCUACAGUCUGUCCAAAACUAUACAGAGCUCCUCUGAUGCUGGGACUUACUACUGUGCUGUGGUCACAUGUGGAGAGAUCCUGUUUGGUGAAGGAACAAAAGUGGAGACAAGACCAGAACUCGACUCAAUUGUUGCCAUUGUGCUCGGGGCACUGUUAGCCUGCUGUGUGAUUGUGAUUGUUCUCCUUGUAUUCCACAUAAAUCGAAUCAGAGUUUGCAAAUAUUGCAAAGGUAUGUUCCUCAAAUGUUCUUAG